AUGUCCGAACAACCCAACCCCGAAGUCGUGCCCCAACCCGAGGCUCCAGCCGCCGAGGCGGCACCAGUCGAAGCUGUCCCCGCCGAGGCUGCCCCAUCAGAACCAUCCUCAGGAGUUCCAGCCGACGCCGCCCCAGCUGAGGCCACCCCUGCCGAAGCUUCUCCAGCCGAGGCUGCCCCGGCGGAGGCCGCCCCCGCCGAGGCUGCUCCAGCCGAGGCUGCGGAGGCCGUACCCGCCGAAGCUGCUCCAGCCGAUGCUGCCCCAGCUGAGUCCGCCCCCGCCGAAGCUGCUCCAGCCGAGGCUGUCCCAGCUGAGGCCGCCCCUGCUGAAGGCUCUCCAGUAGAAUCCGCUCCAGCGGAGGCCGUGCCGGAAACUCCAGUAGCCGAGGCUGCGCAAGCUGAAGCUGCUCCAUCAGAGCCUGCCCCUGGACCUGACGCUGUUCCAGCUGACGCCGCUCCCGUCGAAGCCGCCUCUACUGAAGCUGCCCCAGCCGAGGCUACUCCAUCAGAGCCCGCUCCCGAAGCUCCAGCAGCCGAGCCCGCUCCUGCAGAAGAACCAGCCGCUCCUUCAGAGGGUAAACGAAUCAUCAUGAUCCUAUCAUUAUUUUAGAACCCAAAACCGCAGUAGAAGAAGUUGUACCGCCUCCUCAAGAAGCCGGAGAAUGCACAGCUGAAGGUGAGAAUAAAGCAUAUCUUAUACUGUAUAAAUUUAGCCCCAUCUGAAGCCGCGCCUGCCGAAACUGCCCCCGCAGAAUCUUCGCCUGCCGAACCUGUGUCCACUGAGGCUGCUCCUGCAUCAGAAGCCGCUCCAUCUGAAGUUCCUGUUGAAGCUGCCACAGCCGAAGUUGCCGCUGUUACGCUAGAGGGUAAGGAUCCGUGCGUCAGUAAUUUAACCGCAUUUCAGAACCAAAACCAGAAGAAUCUCAACCAACAGAAGCCGCGGUAGCCGAAGCUGCCCCUGUUGAAACCACCCCUGCAGAAGCCGCUCCCGUCGAAGCUGCCUCUCUCGAAGAGCCAGCGCCGGCGGGGGCUGCGCCAGCGGAAGACGCUCCCGCAGAACCUGCACCUGCCGAAGCUGCCCCAGUCGAGGCUACUCCCGUCGAAGCCGCUCCGACAGAAGCUGCGCCAGCUGAAGCAGCACCCGCUGAACCUCAACCAGAGGCCCCCGCUCAAGCUGAACCCACUCCGGCUUAA